AUGCCAGUGAAGAAGCGAGCGUUGCCCAAGAAGUCGGUGUCGUUUUCCGACGACGAAACCUUAACAAAGUCCCGUCGAUCGGGUGACAAGAACCACAGCCAGAUCCACGAUGGACCUCCGAUCUACGUGAAAAGAACGAUCAAAACAGUGCCAGUGCACUUGCUGGCUCUGCUGUACUAUUACAUCAAACUCUCGCACAAUUUUGACGCCGUAACGCUGUUGUAUAUGCUCAUACCGCUUCAAUUGGCGUAUUUGACAUUGCAAUUCAAUGCCAACACGGUCUACGGACACAAGAUUUUACGUUUACGCAUGAGUUUGAUACCAAUUAGCCUGGGAGCGGCCUUGGUGCUCACUGUGCCCUGUAUGCUGAUCAUUAUACUGCUGGGUGCACCCAUUGCAAUGCUUUUGAGAGAAACUUGGAUUCUUUCAGCUCAUUACUGCGUUCUGGGGCUACCUGCGAUCUACUCCAUCUUCAAAUGCAAUUUCAAAGUGGGAAUCUUCAAGAAGUACUUUAUUGCCGUUGCGGUUGGAUGCUGGAUCAGUUGUGUCAUGAUUCCAUUGGACUGGGACCGGGACUGGCAAAACUGGCCCACUCCGCUGAUCAUGGGGGCUUACGUAGGCGCCUUUGUGGGCUACUCGAUCGGAUCGUACAUAUAG